AACACCUUCUUUAAAAACCAGAGCCUCCACCCUUACCUGACCACUUCAGCGCCAGCAUCCUGCCCAGAAAAGACACAGUUAGCCAAAAUGAUAUCUGGAGGCUUAACUGAAGCCCAACCUGCCACUCCAGAAAUCCAGGAGAUGGCUAACACGAUUAAACCACAGCUUGAAGAAAAAACAAAUGAGACUUAUGAAGAAUUUGAAGCUGUGGAAUAUAAAACUCAAGUGGUUGCUGGAAUGAAUUACUACAUUAAGAUACAAGUAGGUAAUGAUCAUUAUAUUCACGUAAAAGUAUUCAAAAGCCUUCCUCAACAUAAUACGGCUUUGGCACUUACUGGCUACCAGGCUGACAAAAGCAAGGACGACGAGCUCAUGGGCUUCUAGCGGCAUGUUCUGAAAGCAAUCGAUUCUUUCCACUGUCUCCUGAUUAAUGACCCCUGCUAAUAAAUGUACUAUCAAUAAAGAAGUAUUCCUUUUCAGAUAAAUUAAUCUCUUCCACUAGCUCUCGUCUAUUUUAUAUAAGAGUAAAAUUACUUUUUCUUUCUCAAAAUCAAUGUUAUAGCUUGAGAGUAGAAAUUCCAUACACACUGAUGUCAGUUGGAAAUCUUAGAAAAAUUACUGAGGCCUAAUGCAACUAGCUAAA